AUGGGAAGGAUGGACAAUUCCUUCACAGUCUUGAACCAAACAUUCAUUCCCUUUUCCAAGAAGAACAGAGAUUACAUGAAGAAAUCAACAAAAUAUUACGUAUUGUAUUCAACAAUCUAUCUAUCUAUCUAUCUAUCUAUCUAUCUAUCUAUCUAUCUUCGUCUUCUAUUCAUAUCUAUCUAUCUUAAUUGUUUCAUUUCUUUCUUUGUUUUUACUUAUCUAUCUGUCUAUUCACAUCUAUCUAUGAUAGCUGUUUCAUUUCUAUCUAUCUAUCUAUCUAUCUAUCUAUCUAUCUAUCUGUUUCAUAUCUAUCUAUCUAUCUUCGUCUGUUCAUAUCUAUCUGUCUAUCUAGCCCAGUCUAUUCAUAUCUAUCUAUCUAUCUAUCUUAACUGUUUUAUUUCUUUCUUUGUUUUUACUUAUCUAUCUAUCUAUCUAUCUAUCUAUGAUAGCUGUUUCAUUUCUAUCUAUCUAUCUAUCUAUCUAUCUAUCUAUCUAUCUCAUUCUCAUCUAUCUAUCUAUCUAUCUAUCUAUCUAUCUAUCUAUCUAUCUAUCUAUCUAUCUCAGUCUGUUCAUAUCUAUCUAUCUAUCUAUCUAUCUAUCUAUCUAUCUAUCUAUCUAUCUAGCUAG